UCGUGCAAAUAAAGUUCCAAUAAGCAAUCAUUCAUCAAUGCUUCUAGAGGAAUUUUCCUGGUCCAAAACAUGUGAUCUUCGCAGUCUCUGAAUUCCACACCAGCCAACAACACGGUCCAUUCUUGCUUCUAACCUCAGCUCCCAAUCUUGCUUGCGCGCCCCGGCCGCCACAUCUAUAAAUAACCCUUGAUGGCUCAGUGUUCAGGACACACAAUCACACAAAAGACUCUCAUCAGUGACCAGUACUUCGUCUUCAGUUCUUCACUGAUCAGUGUCAACCGACUUGUUGCCACGAUGGUUGUCGGCAAAGUCACACUGGAGUACCCGGUGGCCGUGUCGGUCGAGCUGCUGUGGAAGGUGGCCUUCUCCGGCAACGUGUCCAUCUUCACCAAGGCCUGCGUCGGCAUGAUUGAUGCCAUCGAGGUCGAAGGCGACGGCGGGCCCGGGAGCGUCACCACCAUGAAGCUCAACCCUGUGAGCGACACGAAGGUGUUCAAGACCCGGCUCCUGUCGCGUGAUGCGGCGGCGCGCGUGGUGAAGUCGGAGAUGGUGGUAGAGGGCGAACUGGCCGGGAAGUUCAAGUCGCAGGUGUCCGAGGUGAAGGUGGUGCCAGCCGGCGAGGGAGCCUGCGCGGUGCACAUGACGGUGGUUUACGAGCGGGUGGACGGCACGCUGCUGCCGCCGGAGGAGGAGGCCAGGAUCGGGCAGGGCUACCUCGGCCUCAUCAAGAAGGUGGAGGAGUACCUCGUCGCGCACCCCAGCGAGUUCGCCUAAAGGUACCAUGAGCAUCCUCGUCCUGGCGAUCGGGCCAGAGAAAUCCGUGUUAGAUAAAUUAAAUGGUGGUGGUGUUGCCAGCAGGGGUGUGUUCUUGAUUUCAAAAUCGGAAUAACUAGAGGAAGUGAUGCUCUGCUUGAUCGGUUGAUUGUGCUUGUGUGCUUGUGGGGAACAACAGUUUCAGUUUUUGUGAGAACACUUUAUGUUCUAUGUUCUUUCAUUUUUUUUUUGUGCGUGUCA